AUGGUUGAAGUAACCCACGGCAUCUCGGGUACCCUUACUAAUGAAGACGCAUCACAGCCGUUGACAUCUCCUAAACUUCAUGUUAGCUCUGGCCGUCUACCAGAUGACCAUAUGGCAGCGGUGCGCAGAACAGCCGCUUCUAAACGCUCCCUGUUGAAGAUUCGAGCGUCUAGGAGCAUCACUAGCUGCAAUCGUUCAGACCUCUUCACUUCAAGGGAUGAGUCCAAGAGUCCCAGUUCUCCUAGUUCCUCUGCUGAUGAAGACCCAAAGCGCUCAAAGGCGGAGAGACCUUCCAGCGAUCCUGAAUGUAGUCCUUCUGGGUCACCAAAGGCUUCUCUGGACGGCCAGACCAGACCACUCUUCCAGCGCAGGACCAGAAAUCACUCUGCUCCCAUACUUUUAACAUCGAUUGAAAGCUGUGGAACCAAAACCUUAAAUUCACCUGCGAUAGUUUGUGAGCUGUCACGAAUCCCCAAACAUCGCCUGCAAAAGUUGCUGAAAAGCGAGCCUAGCUACCAUCCCAACAAUGCAUUCCUCUACUACGUCGAUCCGGUUGUGGAGGACAAGGUGGAUGCCAACCUUCGCAAUGAGGCUGUACAUAGCUUGCGUUUCAUGCAUAAUGCUUUCUUUACUCUCUCCGCAGAGGCAUUCUGCAAGGCGGUUAAUCUGAUCGAUCGCUUCAUCGUUAAAGUCAAGGUUAAGCCGAAGUACAUGGCUUGUGUUGCCGCCGCUGCAUAUUACGUUGCCGCAAAGCUGGUCGAGUCCACUCCGGAGCUCGGAGUGCCGAGUCCGGACGCGUUAGUUCAAAUCUCGCACUGUGGUGGAACAGCGGCUGAUCUGCUUCGUAUGGAGGACAUCCUGACCUCCAAACUGGGUGGAGACCUAGAUGGUGUUAACGCCUUCGAUUUUCUCCGCCUCUUCGCCUCCGCGGCAAUAGUUCUGCCCGAAGGGACCACUGUUCCAUCAAGCUUUGGUGGCACCGGGGUGGGCAGGACACCCUCCAUGGAAGCUGAAGACCCUCAGGGUCAGCUCCUUCUGCCCCCAAAUUCGAUGCCCGAGUCGAAAAGUGCUGAGAUCACUACUUUCACUGCAAGAAAUCCACAGAGCCGUCGUAUGUACGACAUUUGGAGCGCCAUGACGAGCCGACUUGUGGUCUCCCUCUGUUCUCUCGAGAUCUACCGUUUCAGACCGGCUACAGUUGCCUUGGCGGUACUGCAUCACUUCCGUGUGUCAGAAGUUGAAGCUUUGGCUCAGCUUUGUGGUGUCCAGAUGAACGAUGUGCACCAGUGCUCAGCUUUGGUUGAGGAGCUCUACGAUGUCUUCUACCGCGACUCACAUCCCAGCAGUCGCAAAGCACUCGCAUGGACUCUGUCCAAACGCACUUUGCUUCGUAUCGGUUGUUCUAGUCCUACCACAUUGGACACAAUCUCGGAGGAUUGUGAAACCGACAAGGAAGACAACUUGCAAUUCAUGUUCGAGCCAUAG